AUCGAUUGGUUGGCGGAGGGGUGGAAGAGGAAAGUAGUUCUCACUCACACGCGCUAUCGAUUAUCAGUGUGGCGGUGGAGAGCAGCUCAGCUGCGACGGCAACAGCAGGUCAUCCUCCUCUCGCUUCGUCGGCGGCGGUUGUUUACGUUUCGCGACACUCGUAGCGUGCUCGCGCACGCGCACUGUUCCCCGCACGACCAUCGGUGGAACACUCUCCGUGGAGUUCUCUCUCCUCCGUGCCCCGUACACCCCGUAGCCUACCCGCCGGUCGGAGAGGAUUUCCCAUUGUGUGGUGCGCGUGUUGUUUUGUGUUCAUUCGUCAGCUGUUUGCUAUCCGCUGUGGACGCGCGCGCAUUGCCGUCGACUGUUCGCUCCGCACGCAGUACUCCGCACUCGCAUUACAUAUUAUAACGAUAUUAUUAUUAUAACGUACGCGAUUUCUUGUUUAUCGUCAACGGAGAGCGGUUUGGUUUUUCGUUCUGUGCUUUUUCACAUUUCCGAGUCACCGCCGUCCUCGUAAUUACUUUUUCGUCUCGCACGCACAUCGACUGCGGUAAUAUUUCUGUCCGGGCCACUCGACCGCGUUUCGUCCGCGUCCACCGACUGCUGGUAGUAGCAACAGCGACGACUUCUUCACGCAACUACACAGCUUAGCCGCCGCCGACCCGCGCACCGUCGCCGUCGUCUGCGCAGUUACACUGGAUGCAUUUGAACUCCAUGUUUCAACCCGCAACCGAGUACUGCUGACUAGUGCAUCAUGGUUAAGACGUUUCAGGCAUAUUUGCCGGACUGUCAUAGGACUUACUCUUGCAUACAUUGCAGAGCCCAUCUGGCCAAUCACGACGAACUUAUAUCCAAGUCUUUUCAAGGCAGUCAAGGAAGAGCAUACCUUUUCAAUUCUGUUGUAAACGUUGGAUGUGGACCAGCUGAAGAAAGGAUAUUGUUGACCGGAUUACAUGCAGUCGCAGAUAUCUAUUGUGAAUGCUGUAAGACUACCCUGGGUUGGAAAUACGAACAUGCUUUCGAAUCAAGCCAAAAGUAUAAGGAGGGAAAAUACAUAAUCGAAAUGGCUCACAUGAUCAAAGAAAACGGAUGGGAGAGUCCACCAAAGAAAUGAGUAUUAUUAGAGCGUACGUACAAGCGUAUUAAAUUUCUUUUUUUCUCUUAGUUUCUCAUACACUGUCCACAACCGUUUUUUCGUUUUACUUGUCCAUAAAUAUUUCCGUCUUAUAAUUUAUCACUUACUCCCUCGCUCUCAAUCUAUCUAUAUCACCAACUGACUUUAAAACCACGAUUUUCUGGAAAAAAAAUUUGGUGUCGACGCAAUAGGUAAUUUCCUAUACAUCCUAUGUAUUUCCACAACAAUCUUGAUGUUAUUGCAUUUUCGUUUGUCACAAUAAUAUGAUUAAAAUAAUGUUAUUCAUCGACCAUCGUCUUGCAUUAUCUGUCAUCAGAGAAUAGUAGGGAAACAUGAAAAUUUCAAUACCGACGAUUCGACGAAAGUAAAUCUCAUUUAUAAAUUAACGUUUGACAGAUAGCUUACAAUCUUAUAACCAAAUAACUAUUAACUUAUGAUUUAAUUUUAUAUAUUAUAAAGUGUACCUUACCAUUGUAUGUUGGGGUUAACAAUUUUUUGUUUACCGAACGAUGAAAUGUGAAUUCAACAAAAUGAAAACUAAUAUUUAUUUAUUUUGAAAAAAUAAUUUCUUUAUGAUUUUGUAAAAUUGUUUUUACUUUAACUUGUAUCAGCAACAAUAUCAACUUGGUUUUUAAAUAGUAACCUCUGUUA